AUGCUGUCCCGAGCUGCUCGUCCCGCCUUCAGGGCUGCCGCCCAGCAAUCUCUGCGGCCCGCCGCUGUCACCGCCCCUGCUGUCCAGAAUGCCAACUUCGCCACCCUCCGUGAGAUCGAAGGUCGUCUCAAGUCCAUCAAGAACAUCGAGAAGAUCACCAAGACCAUGAAAAUCGUUGCUUCGACCAAGCUCACCAAGGCCCAGCGCGCGAUGGAGGAAUCGCGAGCAUACGGCACCACCAACAACCAGGUCUUUGAGGAGGCGGAAACCAAGGCUGUGGAGGGUGAGAACAAGAAGACGCUGUUGAUCGUCUGCAGUUCGGACAAGGGCCUCUGUGGUGGUAUCCACUCAGGUCUCACCCGUGCUGUCCGCCGCACCAUCGCUGAGAAGCCUGCCGACUACGACUUUGUUGUCUUGGGCGAGAAGUGCAAGGCCCAGCUGAGCAGAAGCAAUGCCAAGGAGAUGGUUCUGUCUUUCGCUGGUGUAGGCAAGGACGUCCCAACCUUCGCCGAUGCCCAGGCCAUUGCCGACCAGAUCACCCUCCUCCCCGCCGACUACGGCAGCAUCAAGAUCAUGUACAACAAGUUCCUCAACGCCCAGAGCUACGAGCCAACCACCAUCGAGGCCUACUCUGAGGAUGCCAUCAAAGAGUCACCAAACUUCGCUGCUUUCGAGAUCGAUGACGAGGUCCUCUCCAACAUGCGCGAAUUCGCUCUGGCCAACUCUAUCUACUGGGCGCUCGCCGAAGGCCACGCCUGCGAAAUCUCCGCCCGCCGCAACGCCAUGGACAACGCUUCCAAGAACGCCGGCGACAUGAUCGACAAGUUCCAGAUUCUCUACAACCGAACUCGACAGGCUGUCAUCACUGGAGAGCUGGUCGAGAUUAUCACUGGUGCCGCCGCGUCCGAGGCUUAG